UACUGACAGUACAUCAGUACAUACGUCAUAUGUAAAUGGGAGUAUAUGAAUGACUUUUCAGUUAUUGUCAAUAUUUGCGAUCUACAUUUGGAAGAUAUAUAUAGAGUGUAUUCCCAAAUUUUGAUGAAUAUAAUGAAAUGGGAAAAAUAAAUAUCGCAUCCAUCUGUGUUUAUAUCAAAUUUCUUAUCUUCUAAUAAUAGUAUAAUGAAUUUCUUAUGCAGAGAGGUUAUAUGUCUUAACUGCAAAUUGACAGCUUGAGCAAUUGAAACAAAUACUUAUAUUGACACGAUCGGAUGAUACAUAUGAAAUAAUGAAUACAAUGAAUAAAGCUGAAGAGGAACACAUCGAAAAGACAUUUAUCUACAAAUUUUCAACAUGCACUACGAAUCAAGAAUAUACAUUGGAAGUUCCGAUAAAAAUACCAUACCAUGGUUCCAUAGAAGAAUUAAUGCAUCGUAUAAUGACAUCAUUCAAGUUACCAUGUUAUGUAGAAUCAGACUUAUUGGAAGCCCUGCAACGUAGUAUCAAAGAGCUUACACUACAAUUUUAUGAUGAUAAGUCUGAAAAACUUAUUAAAGCAGUCAAAACAGGCACUUUGGAUUUAGAAGAUAUAAUUAAAAAUUGGGAAAAAAUAUACAAACAGAAGACAGUAGAAUACUCUGAUCCCAUUGGAACUACAGAUGAAGAAUUAUUUGCUGCAGCAUAUCAUAGAUUAGUGCAUUCUCCAUCUUUGGAACCAAUUUUGCAAGCAGAGCACAAAUUUGGACGGGAUGUAACCGAAGUAAUUCAACUGAGGGAUACUGACUAUGAACAUCUUACACAAAAACAAACCAACGAAAUGCGUGUUGCUGUCGAAGCUCUCGAAGUAGGAUCCACCGAAAAAUCAAUAAACGAUAUGGCAGGUCGUCACUUCGAGGAGCAGAGUUUACUACAAGGUUAUUGGGGAUCUAGAGUCGAUGCUUUGAGAUUAGAUCAACGACGACAAUAUCGAAAUUGGAUCAUGAGGAUGCUCGAGGAACAACAAACCAGUAUGAUACCCACACCAGUUGGUUCGCCUAUAAUACCAUUGCCACCGUUACGUCCGGCUUUAGACAAAUUCGUUCACAGUGAAGAGAAACACACGACCGACUAUCCUCUAUUGGAAGAAAGCUUUACGAUACAUUUAGGAUCACAAAUGAAACAAAUGCAUAACAUACGUAUAUUGACCGGAGACGUGCUGGACUUUUGUCGUACGAAAAAUAGCGAAUCCGGGAUGGAUCCAACGCCGCAAAGAUUACAAACAGCUUUAGGACUGUACUCAAACGAUCUGUGUGGAUUAGUUCUUCUAAGUGAUAAUCAUUUAGGCAGUUACUCCGGAAUAACGAAAGAAUUAUGCUCAAUAUGUCAAUUAACAACGGAAUUUCAUUUUCCGCCGAUCGAUGAACAGUUGGAAAAGAUUCGAGAAGAUGUGAAAGAUGCCGUUGCUUGGAGACAGGCGCAUUACAGAGAAGGAAGUGAUCCUCAUACGAAAAAAUCCACAACGAGCAAGAGUUUACAAACAGGCGAUGUUUUUAUCACAAGACAUUCCAAUCUGGCACAAGUUCACGUAGUGUUUCACAUGGUGGUGAAUGAUUCUUUAAGAUCUGGCGAUAUCAAUUCAAGACAUCCUGCUAUUCUGGGAUUGAGAAAUAUCUUGAAGACGGCGUGUUGCAACGAUGUGACAACACUGACAAUACCUGUGCUACUCGUCCACGAAAUGUCAGAAGAUAUGACGGUCGCCUGGUGCACAAAGCGAGCCGAGUUAGUCUUCAAGUGCGUGAAAGGUUUCAUGAUCGAAAUGGCGUCUUGGGGUGGAGCCGAGCUGAAGAAUCUUCAAUUUCUCGUACCGAAAGGAAUGUCGGAGGAGGUAUUCGGAACAUUAGCCACAAUGUUGCCCAGCAUAUUUCGAGUGUCAAAUCCGCUGGUUUUCAAGGCUACCAGUACCCCGCAAACUCCGAAAAAAUAAAUGACUCUGUUAUCAUUGUACAUAUACUCGCGCGGAAAACACUGUAAUAUUUAUAACUAUACGUGACGUCUAUAUGCAGUCACAAUUAUCCGCUGCAGGCGUGAGAAAGAUACGAUUCUGUGAAUAAAUGUCUCACUUAAUGAGCUGUUUAUAAUG